AUGGCAGAGUUUGUAGUCAGGCCACUGGUAUCCACGUUGAUGAACACGGCAUCCAGCUACCUGCUGGACCAGUACAAGGUGAUGGACGGCAUGAAGGAGCAUCGCGAGACCCUCAAGCGCCAGCUACCAGCCAUCUUGGACAUCAUCCAAGAUGCGGAGGAGAAAGGAGCUUCCCGACCUGGAGUGCGUGCUUGGCUCGAAGCACUCAAGAAGGUGGCCUAUGAGGCGAACGAUGUCUUUGAUGAGUUCAAGUACGAGGCCCUCCGGCGUGACGCCAAGAAGAAGGGACACUACAAGAAGCUUGGCUUUGACAUCGUAAGCCUCUUCCCUGCUCGCAAUCCCAUUGUAUUUCGUUACAGGAUGGGCAAGAAGCUGUGCAGGAUUGUGCGCACCAUUGAGGUCCUUGUCAGAGAGAUGAAUAGAUUUGGAUUCAAACCCACGCAGCAAGCACCGCAAUCCAAGCAGUGGCGCAACACAGAUUCCAUAAUAAUCGACUCUGAGAAGGAUAUUGUUAGCAGGUCCAGAAACGAAGAGAAGGAGAAGAUCGUGGAUAUAUUGAUUGGUCAAGCUGGCGAUAGGGAUCUCAUCGUCCUUCCCAUUGUUGGAAUGGGCGGGCUGGGCAAGACCACAUUUGCUCAACUCGUGUACAAUGAUCCUGCAAUCAAGGAGUAUUUCCAGCUCCAGAGGUGGUGUUGCGUGUCAGAUGAUUUUGAUGUUGUGAAGAUUGCAAACAACAUCUGCGAGACCAAUGAGAUCCAUCGUGAAAAGGCAUUGCGGAACCUUCAAAAUGAAGUAAGUGGAAAGAGAUACCUUAUUGUGUUGGAUGAUGUAUGGAAUGAAGAUGCUGAUAAGUGGGAAAAACUCAAGACCUGCCUGAAGCAUGGUGGCAAGGGGAGUGCAAUACUAACGACCACUCGUAAAGCGCAAGUGGCUCAAAUUAUGAAGAUGUGUAUUGAUGAUAGCCAUAACUUGGGGAAGCUACAUAAAGUAUUUCUGAAGGAAAUCUUUGAGAACAGAGCAUUUUGUUUGCAUAAGCCAAGUGCUGCUGAGCUAAGUGGUAUGGUUGAAAAGAUUCUGGACAAAUGUGGGGGCUCUCCUUUAGCUGCCAAAGCCUUUGGAUCAAUGUUGAGUAACAAGAAUAGCAUGAAAGAAUGGAUGAAUGUACUAACCAGAAGCAACACUUGUGAUGAGGACACAGGAAUUUUACCUAUACUCAAGCUCAGCUAUGAUGACCUUCCAUUACACUUAAAACAAUGCUUUGCUUUUUGUUCAUUAUUUCCCAAAGAUUAUGAGAUUGAUGUUGAAAUAUUAAUUCAGCUAUGGAUGGCACAUGAUUUCAUACCACUAAAGAAAGGUGACCAUCUUGAAAAGGUAGGCAAAGAAAUUUUUGAUGAGCUAACUUGGAGGUCAUUCUUUCAAGAUGUCAAGCAAACCUCUCAAAGAGAAUAUCAGUAUGAGCUCCGUUCUAGAACAAUAUGCCACAUUCAUGAUCUUAUGCAUGACAUUGCCUUGUCUGUUAUGGGAAAAGAUUGUCUUACAUUAGUUGAUAGGCCUAAUCAAAAGGAGUUGUUGUCAAAAGGCUCUACUCGUCACAUGUUCUCAUCAUAUCGCCAUAUGGGAAUGCUUUUGGAUGAUUAUCUGAAGAAACACUCUACGUCUCUCCAAACACUGUUGUAUCCAGAUAGCUUCAGUCGAGGCUCAGCACCACACUUGUCGAUGUACAGUCAUCUGCGAGCACUGCAACUCUUUGGGUUGAGGAAACUUCCACUCCGACCAAGGCACCUACAGCACCUGAGGUAUCUUGAUCUCUCAUCCAACUGGUGUAUCAAGGAGCUUCCCAAAGAAAUAAGCGUAUUGUAUAAUCUGCAGACUCUUAAUCUUACCUUCUGCAUUAAUCUUGAUCGACUUCCAAAGGAUAUGAAGUAUAUGACUAAUCUCCGCCACCUCUAUACAAAUGGAUGCACAUCAUUGAAGUGCAUGCCUCCAGACCUCGGGCAACUCACUUCCCUACAGACUCUAACGUAUUUUGUGGUGGGUUCUAGUCAUGGUUGCAGUACUAUUAAAGAACUACAAGACUUAAAUCUUGGUGGUGAAUUAAAGCUAUCUGGUCUUCACUAUGCAAUAGAAGAAGAUGCUAAAGCAUGCGGCCUUGGAAACAAAGAGAAACUCACACAUUUAUCUCUUGAAUGGAAUGAUGAUAGUACUGAACUGGACCAGCAAAGGAAUGUGCUUGAUGCUCUUAAACCUCAUGCCGCACUGGAGUUUCUACAAAUAAACUCCUAUAAAGGUAUUGGAUUCCCGACAUGGGUGACAAGUCUUAAUGUUCUGCAGCGUUUGACCGAGCUCCACCUAGAUGGUUGUACAAUGUGUGAGGAGUUUCCCCAAUUUGGUCAAUUUAACGCCCUUGAGGUUCUUGUUUUGGAAAGGUUAAACAAACUGCAAAGCCUAUGUAGUCACAAUUCAUCUGCUGCAUUUCCAGCACUAAAAGACCUCAGAUUAGCAAAUUUGGAACUUUUUGAGAGAUGGGUGGCAAGUACAGAAGGAGAAGAACUAGUGUUUCCUGUACUUGAGAAAGUUCAAAUUGAGAACUGCCCAAAGCUAACAACUCUGCCUGAAGCACCAAAACUGAAAGUUAUGAAGCUAAGAGAAGAAAAAGCUCAACUAUCCUUGUCAAUAUUUCGAUCCAGGUACAUGUCUUGCUUGUCUAAGUUAUCUGUGUUUGUCAAAGAUACAGAAGCAACACCAACACUGAAGCUCGAUCAGGAUCGUGAAGUAUCUCUUUUGGAAUUGUGGGUGGAUGGUUGCAACUUUUUGUUCCCCUCAAAUCCAUCACAGCCAGCAGUUGCAGUCUGGAAAUGGUUUGGUCAGCUAGAGGAAUUAGUGAUCGAAGAUUGUGAUAUUCUCACCUACUGGCCUGAAGAAGAGUUUCAAAGCUUGAUAUCAUUGAAGAGUUUAACCAUCGAUAACUGCAGCAAGCUAAUGGGAUAUCGUACUCGAGGAAGGGAUCAACUCCUGCCAAAUCUAAUAAAACUAAGGAUAUAUAAUUGUGAAAGCCUGACAGAGCUUUUCGUUCUCCCCACAUCUCUUGUGCAUAUUUUCGUUGUUGAUUGUGAUAGUCUUGAGUCCAUACUGGGGCAGGAUGAUAGAGAGUUGGAGAGUCUACAAAACUUUGAUACAACAGCAUCGUUGGAAAACUGCAGUGACCUUGCACCCACAAGUAUGCCAGAGCAGUCACUUACAGCCAGAAUUAAUCCUUUGCCAUGUCUCAAGACUUUAUCAAUAGGUGACUGUAAGAAGCUUCGUUUCGUCCCAGCACAGUUGGAUGCUCUCCUAGAUCUGUACAUUGAUAAUUGCAAUGUUCUGGAGUCGCUUGAUUGUUUGGGAGACCUGCCGUUACUGACAACACUAAAUCUUCAGAGGUGCAAACGUUUGGCAUCUGUUCCACGUAGUUUUGCCAAUUAUUCAGCCCUUCGGGAGCUCACUAUUGAAUACUGCCCAGCUAUAAAUAUGAAGGCUCUUUAUGGACAACGGCUUGAUAGCCUUGAAAUCAAGGAUCUGUCUCAUGCUGGUUUAUGCGAUCCUGAUGAAGGUACCUUUCAAUUUCUUUACUUCAUUCUGUUUCUCCUUUUCCCCCUUGCAUAUUGUUACAAAUGUACACCUUGCGCCCUGCAGUUUGAAGUUUAUUCAACUUCCCAUGUAUUUUCGCUUUUGCAAACACAUUUGGCAUGUCUGUUUUUCUUUAACUCAAUGUCAAGAGGCUUGUUAACAGAGUUUUCAUGUCUGUUUUUAUUUAAAUCAAUUUUAAGAGGCUUGUCAGCAGAGUUUUCAUGUCUUGGGGUAAGGAGAGCGGCGAUUUGCUUUCAGUGUGCUGGGGGCCAUUAA